AGACGAGAACGACGACGACGAGGACGAGGACGAGAACGAGAACGAGGAGGAGGGGGAGGAAGGAGAGAGGAGAAGAGAUCGCGACGGUAGCGAUCGGUCUUGGUGAGGGUGGUGCCAUUCGCCGAAUCCCGGUGGUCGGCGAGGAGUACGAGGAAUACCGUGAGAAGCGUGGCGUUCGCGCGUUCGCGCGUACGUGCGUGCGUGCGUACGUGCGUGCGUGCGUGCGUGCGGGCGAGCGUACGUGCGCGCGCAAGGCCGCGUGGGCGAACGCGCGCUCCCGCGUCGGCUGCUCUGUACCUGCCGCGCGCAUGGUAAAGGGGUACGCGGCCGCGAGUGGUCGGGCGGCGAGGGUGAGGCGGGCUUUGCGGGACGACCGGCGGUGGUGCCCCGAGGAUCGGGAUUCGCGCCGAGAGCUCCGGGGCCUAUCCGUUUGCGAGAGAAUCAGAGGACGCGCGAUCGCCCGCGCGAACCGGUAACGCGGACCGAACUGGGAUAGAUAGAUACGGCUCCGGGACGACUUUCCAAUUAAAGAGAGAAGAAGAAGAAAGCAAGAGAAAAAGGAGAGAAGAGAGAGAGAGAGAGAGAGAAGAGACAGGGAGAGGAUAAAAGAGAUAGUCCGUCAGACAUGAACGUUACUCCGAUGGUGGAGAUACCCGGCAAUGACAGCUACAACGUCUCGAGCAACGGUCUCGAUUGCGGCGGUGAGCCUCAUCAAUACGCGGUAUGGGAACGUGUGUUGAUAGUGGUGAUCGCCGUCCUCCUCAGUCUCACCACGGUCAUCGGCAACAUUAUGGUCAUGAUAUCGUUCAAAAUCGACAAGCAGCUGCAGACGAUCUCCAACUAUUUCCUCUUCAGCCUGGCGGUGGCCGACUUUGCGAUCGGCCUAAUCUCCAUGCCCCUCUUCACGUUGUACACGGUGCUCGGUUACUGGCCGCUCGGGCCCCACGUGUGCGACACGUGGCUUGCCCUCGACUAUCUCGCGAGCAACGCGUCGGUCCUCAAUCUGCUCAUCAUUAGCUUCGACAGAUACUUUUCCGUCACGCGCCCGCUCACCUAUCGGGCCAAGAGGACCACUUUCAAAGCCGCCGUCAUGAUCGGAUCCGCUUGGGGUAUAUCGCUGAUUCUUUGGCCACCCUGGAUCUACGCGUGGCCGUACAUCGAGGGUCAAAGGACCGUGCCGAAGACCGCGUGCUACAUCCAAUUCAUCGAGACGAACCAUUACAUCACCUUCGGCACGGCCAUCGCCGCGUUUUAUGUUCCUGUCAUAAUAAUGAUAUUCCUCUACUUGCGAAUCUGGAAGGAGACGAAGAAACGUCAAAAGGACCUGCCCAACUUGCAGGCCGGCAAGCAAGACGCGAGCAAGCGCAGCAACUCGAGGUGCGACGAGGCUUUAGACAUGGAGGAGAGCAGAAGACAGCGAAGCGAGUCGAGCACCGCCGACGACGUUUCGCACGCCACGCACAUCGCCGUUUCCUACAUUGAUAAGCAUUACCCGCAAUACAAGAGCCACAGGCCGUUCUCUUGGACCUGGCUGAAGAUGUGGUGCAUCGCGUGGUGGCACAGCGGCCGGGAGGACGAGGACGACGACGAGGAGAUCGCCGGGCCGGAGAGCAGCCGCACCGGAGUCGGCUACGAGGACACGCUCACGCCACUGUCGGCCGAGACGCCGCUUCCCAGCACGGUAUCGCGGUGUCCCUCGCUCAGCGCGAUACAGGCCGCGGGGAUCGCCCUGGACAAGUCGGUGGUGCAGCACGAGUACAAAAGGCCGACGCGGCAGAUCGAGCCGUCCCUCAGGACUAUCUCCAGCGAUUCCGUUUAUACGAUUUUGAUCAAAUUGCCGAGCAACGGUGGGAAAUAUAGCGAGACGCCGAGCAUAAAGAUGAUCCAUGACGAGUCCGUGUCGAUUCAGUUGCACAGCAUGAUGGAGGACAGCGAGGACGACGGCGGUGGCAUCGGCGGCGGCAUCAGCGGCGGUGGUGGCGGUGGUGGUGGUGGCGGCGGCGGCGGCGGCGGCGGCAGCGUUGCUGCCAGCAGGCUCUUCCGUCUCGGUGGCAGCGGGUCCGUGUCGAGCCCGUCGACGGUGACGAGGAGGCCGUCGCAGAUGCCGGACAUCAGGAUACCAUUGAACGCGAAGAACAUCCCAAAGACGCUGACGGCGGGCAAGGGCAUCCUGAACAAGCAGCAGAACAAGAAGAAGAAGAAGCUGCAGGAGAAGAAGGCCGACCGGAAGGCAGCGAAGACGCUCUCGGCGAUCCUGGCCGCGUUCAUCAUCACGUGGACUCCGUACAACAUCCUGGUACUCCUCAAGUCCAUCACCGCCUGCUCGUGGUACAUACCCCAGGAGCUCUGGGACUUUUUUUAUUAUCUUUGUUACAUCAACAGUACUGUGAACCCGAUGUGUUACGCGCUGUGCAACGCGGCUUUCCGCAGAACCUACGUGAGGAUUCUCAAGUGUAAGUGGCACAGCAGGAACCGCGGCAAUGCGCCGGUCGACCGGGGAUGAUAUCAGUAACCCGACGAUUACGUGCGCCACUUUGACCCUUUUGCAUCGGGGAGGAGAAGGAGGAGCAGCAGCAGCAGCAGCAGCAGCCUCUCUCUACUCCUCCUCCCACGCUUCCGAUAUCAGCACACCACAGAAUUGGGAGUCAACGACCACGCGCGCGCUCGCGAGCGCGCGCGUGCACACACACACACACACACACACACACAUACACGCAUGCAUAUACCAGAGCAACGCUGUAUUAUUAUUAUUCUCAUUGCUAUUAUUAUUGUUAUAUCGCCGUUUACUUUUCCUCCGUUUUACGCGUUUCUCAGAGCGCGCGAAGAAACGGAAGCGAGGAGACCGGCGACUGCCGCAAACGGGUUUGGCUCUCGCGAAAGCCAAGCCACUCAGUUCCUAACGAUGUCGCUCAUCGUUACGGUUACAUACAUCCGGUCGUUUGAACCGCGCGCGUCGCCCGAUGUGAAGAAAGAUGGGUUUCCUUCUGAGGGGUUCUUCCAGGAUCGAAACGUCGCACUCGAAUGACGAGAGAUUAACCCCUCGACGACCGCGUUAUUUCCGCGCGCCCCGACUGAUCGCGCGCAUUUUUCAGGGGAAAUUCUAUUAAUCAGUCAGUAAUUGCGCGACUAACUUGGUUAUCCCCCGGCGUAACGUCAGGGUUUAACGCUCUCUCUUUCUCGAACAUAAUUGUAUCACUCUUUAAUCGCAUUGGGGUCCAUUAAUGCAUAAAAAGAAUUAAUCGCGAAUCCUAGUAUACCCUUGUCGGGGGGUUAACGACGUGACACCGGGCGACGUGAACGAGUCCCCCCCACACCCUCGCGUGAGAACCUGAAGAUUUGUUUGUUCAUAAUAUUCUCGCGGAUAAUGUCGCGAAAUUCGACGGCACUGAUAUCGAUCGUCUAUAUCGAGACGCGUGAAUAUUUAACGAGGCCAGUGGUUCUUGAGCGUUAGCUUUUUUGAGUCGCGGGGCAACCGCGGGUUCUCAACUAUUACCCCGAAUCUUUCCAAUGAAAAUCGACGCGGGAUGUUGCGCCAUCGCGGAAACCGAGGGAAAAUCGUGUCGGAAGAAGCGCGUGCCGGCCGUCGAAACACAACUAGUCAAGACGCACGCAGCCCCGGUCUCCGAGCUUCCUUCGCAGAGAAAUAUAAAAUCGCGACGUGGAUACUGCCAUGAAUAUAUAAUGUUUAUAAAAUAUCUCUCCGAAUAUUCGCGCGCACCUACGCGAGUCGCGCGAGUUCGGAAUUACAUUGCGUGUCGGAUUGCACCGAGGUGCACCGGUACUUUCCCCUUUCCCGAUGCGAUCGUCAUCAUCGCCGUCGUCGUCGUCGUGGCAAAAGCGUUGCUUCCGGGGACAGCUUCUUUUCCGGAGGAAGAAGGAAAAAGGAAGCGGCGGCGGCGGCGGCGGCGGCGAUGGCGAGUAGCAACGGGGAGAUUAGACGAGGGGAAAAAAGCUAAGUCGCACAAGAACCUACUUAAGUAAAAAGAAGAAAGAAAUAUCGAAAAGGAUAACGAUAAUCUUCUGUACACCGCGCGGAAUCGCGCGAUGCAAAAAUUCGAUGUAAAUUUUACGACGUAGCGAAGUGUAAAACUGUAAAUGAAUGUGUUUAAAUGUAAUAAUGCUGAGGGUUGAGGCGAGGGGAAGGAGGUGGGAAAGGGGAAUUCGAUGAUGGGAGCUGGAACGGCCAGCGGGGUACGGGAGGAUAAUUAACGAUUAGGAAAAAUAAAAGAAAGAGAGAGAGAGAGAGAGGGAGGAGGAGGAAGAAGAGGUGGAAGGAGGAGAGAUUUAACGCUAAAUCGAAUUCUUCCGUAAAACUAAAAUAACAUUCUAAUUAUACGUGCCAAACGAAGCUUUAAGAGAUUAUACCAAGAUUAUACGACGUAUGAGAGGUAGAGGAGAGAUAGAGAGAAUACGAGGCGGAGCGAAAGGGAGGAAAUGUCGUAGCGCAUUCUCGAUACUAUUGAGAUACCGAUGAAAUAUAUAUAGUUGGAAAAAAAAGCAGAUUAAAUAAACUAAACAGAUAAAGUAAGAGCACUGUGUCGAGCGAUAUACGACUUUAGCGAUCGAAGGCUCGUAAAAGUAAUCAAAGUCAACCGUACGCGCGCCGACGUGCCUAUAGCGACCUCAAGACUGCGAGCUCUCCAUUUUUCCAUUCUGACGACCGCAUCAUCCAAUUAAAUGUCUCGCGCAUCUCGCAAUUUUUAGUAUUACAUAUAGCAGGAGAACGCAAUAUUUUACAUUACACAAGUGUAUACCGCGGAUACUUUGAGAUAGCUUCUUCUUCUUUUUCGUUUCCACGGGUCAUGUUCACGCGAACGCCAAAGAAUCUCGAAUCAUCUAAGCAUUCUAAGCUGAUUCUCCGGCUAAUUUCCACUUGGCGCGGAAGUGCUCUUCUCCCGGGAUAAACUCCCGAGUGGGGGAGGGGGAGAACGCCCCCGAGAAUGCUCUUGUGCUUCGCGUAUCGUUCACCCGCCGCCACUCGAAGCAAGAAACAUAAUCGCCGCUCGAAAGAAGAAACGGCAGCGACGUUCCUAUGUAUGUACGCGUCGUCGGCGCGCGUGCGUUUGUACCUUGUACAAAAUACCCACGCACACUAAACACGCACUCUCGCGCGAUCAGCAUACACAUAUAUACACGGUGCAGUGUCGCGGAUGUUAGUACGUACUCGCGGGGAUGCAUUCUACGGGGGAGGGGAUGGGGCGAUGAUGAGCCAGUCGGUCCAGCGGAGGAAGUCACGCGUCCUCCUCUCGGUCACCCACGAGCGAGAGGAGAUCGCGAGGCUCCUCUCGGCUCCCGUACGUGUAGAUCGGCGAGGAAGGACGGGCUCGACGACGUUGAAACGUCGAUCGCGAACGAACCUAGGUACAUCCAGGGUAUGGGCCGCGACGGUAGUAUUACUACGUAUAUAUUUCGGCAGCGAUAUAUUAUAAUUGACCGAGUACAAUUAACCGAUUCAUUUCGAUCCAUUAUAUUCGGGUAUAUACCUUUUGAUACGAGGAUUCGCGCUGAUCGAUUUGGAGAACCGUUACGCGAGCGAUUACACUGAUAAACUUGUACGCGAUAUAUUUCUCUGUUACCCCGAGAUGCGACGUUAAGGCAACGUCGAGAUGUUUUAUAAUACAAAUUUAAAGGCAUUCAUCCUCCCAAUAGAUGUGUUGAAGAAUCUCGAGGAAGAUCUCCCGAUAAUAAUUAAGAUAUUGUAAGCAUAUAAUUAUCGUUUGUUAGCCGUAAAUCUUUAGCGAAGGGGGCAAUACGGAAUGUCACGUGAAAGCAGUAAAAGUAAAAAAAUAAGAGAAAAUCUAAAAAAAAAGGGGGGGGGAAGAUGUAUAUCCGUAUAAUCUCUCGCGUUUUCUGGCAUUUUUGAGCGCCGCCGAAUAUACGGGGAAAGGGAAUAACGUAAGACUCGUGAUAUUUUUUUACCUUUAUAGUCGAUCUCGUGCGCGAUUCGAUCCUGCACGACGCGAACGACUGCUGACGAAUCGCGUCGUUUCUAAAGUGCGACGGUAAAAAACGCGAACGGGACGGGUGAUACAAUGACGUCCGACGUUUUCGUUGCGCUUGUAUUUCUUCGUAAUAACGCGAAAGGUGUGUCGAGGGACAAUGAAGACACAGAGGCGUCUCUCGAGGCGAGAGCUUCUAGGCUUACAGCGCUUUUUCGUCAAAUUCGCGAUGCCGCGAGUGCGAGCACUGAAAAACGGGGAUGAGUUCGAGACUUUUUGAAAGACUUGGAAAUUUCAUAUUUCGAUAUUUUGAUGCACAUAGAAUAAAGAAUUUAAAGGUUUGACAUAUAUUCAGGGAGACUGCGCGUGGAAUUUUAAGAAAAAGGAGAGCGUGUCAAAUGAUGAAAAUUUAUUUAGACGAAUUGGAGGGGGAUUGAUAUAGGUAUCGAAGGAUUCCUUUUACUUUCUCGAGCCAAAGGAAGUUUUACAAAAUUGUACAUUAUACAUUUCACGGAAAGUAAACGUUAAAGUGUAAGACUUAAUUAAUGUGGCGUGAUUAGUACGGCAAGGAUACUCGCGGUAUUUUAAAUAGAGAAGUGAGUGGUAUGGCUGCAUGAAAAUUCGCGUUUUUUUUCGAAAAGGAGCGUCAGAAAAAAAAAAGAUAUAACUUUGCGGAUAUAUUCUAGAAACUAUCGUCACGUCCGAGGGGCUCCAGUUCGGAAGAGAAAACGUUACUCAGGGUCCGUGAGAAAGCAUUUUCCCAUCUUCGCUCUUACGCAAACACUUUAUUCAUUUGUUCCAGCAUCGGGAACACAUGUCCUCAAAGUUCGGCUUCGCAUUAGAAACGAUACAUUCUGCGGAUUUAUUUAUUUCGAUAUUCACGAUAAAAGAUCCGUAAGCGCAUAAUGCAAACGAAGAACGCGUUGGAAUCGCGAUUGAAUUGCACGUGGAGCUUACGCGCGGUCGAUUUCUGGCCAACAAUGCGGUGACCGUGGUGUCGACGUGGGGAUAAUAAUGCUGAAACACGACUCUGGACGAAAAAAAAAAAAA